AACAACAAAAGUGAGUUUUUGUUGUUAUUGAUGUCUUCAUUGAGGGAAGGGUUUUAAUAAGGAUCAGUGGCUCUUGAGUAGGAUAACUACUCGAAAAGAACCAAAGGAAUAAAAAAAUUAAUAAAUGGAAGAGGAAAACCAAAAAACACAUCGAUCAGUUUCACGUAAAGACCGGAGUCAUGGCGCCGACGAAGAAGCAGCGCCAGGAGACAAAUGCUCCGGUGAAAGGUGCCGGUCUUCGUGGGCUGCGGCGGCGAUAGCAGACUGUGUGGCGCUUUGCUGUUGUCCCUGCGCCGUCGUGAACCUCCUCACACUUGCCUUCGUCAAGGUCCCGUGGAUGAUUGGGCGGAAAUGCAUCGGACGGAGAAAGAAGAGGAAGAAAAAGAUAGAGCGUGAGGAUCGUUUUCAUCACAACCAGAGGCCGGAGACGGUAAAAGGCGUGAGUGGUGGAUGUUGCGGCGGAGGAUAUGGAGAGUGGGAUGACCACCGGUUUGUGGUGGAGAGAGAUGGAAGUCUAACGAAGGAGGAGGAGGAGAAAACGGCGAGUUUUAGGGGAGAGGGUGAGGCGAGGAUCAGUGCGAGAGAUGAAGCUGAGAGAGUUUGGUUGGAAUUGUAUCAGAUUGGACAUCUUGGCUUCGGUAGAGUCUCUUUCACUGGUAUUCAUCAGUAA